UGAGACUAUUAAAGGUUUUCUUUUCUUCAUUUUCUUAACAGCAUUUUUCUAAGGAGUAACUUUCCCCUGUCAUGAGUCGCCACAGAAAGUUGAUUCCCAUUGAUGGGCAACCCUCCCUGAUUCGGAUUUGAACACCGAUUCCUGUGUUGGGCCACCAUCAGUGUUUUCCUCACAUUAAAUUGAACUCAACUGUAGUAUUCAGCCCGCUGAAAUCGAACCGGCAACCCAAUCUGCUGGAUCACAAUAAAUAACCUUGCGUACAAAAAGGAACCCAAUCUCCUCAAAAUUGGCAGCUACUCAAACAGGGGUUUGGGGAAAACAACCCGGCAUUUUUUGUGUGUGUGUGCGUUCGUGUGAACUGUCAAAGCAUCUAUAAUAAAAAUAACAAUGUGCUUGCUAAAAACGUUUUUUCCUUUGUGUAGGUUCUCAGUCAAGCAGGUCGUAGUCGUUAUUCUAAGGUGUAUUCCUUAAGCGGGUUUCUUCUGGGGUCAUAUUCAAAAGUAACAACUGUGAAUUUUUUUUUUUUUAGGUUAGUAAAAAUACCACGUCGGGGGCUGCAAGAGUUGCGUGGUUUACUUUCACGUCACCCGCGAGUGAAAGCUCCACCUUCUGGCUGAGCCGGAGGCGGUGUGCGGACUGCGGUCUGGAGGCGCUCACAGGACGGCAUGAAUCCGGAGCGAGCGUGUCUUUCACGUCUUUCUCGCUUCAUUCUUCGCUUUUCACUUAUAGCUUUUUUUUACCCCCCGCUGACAUGUUCCCACUGGACCACGUUUGAACAUGUUUGUGUUGUUGUUCGAGGGACUUUCUCCGCGCGCCGUCCGGUCUGAGAUUUGAGUGAAACCCGGAGAGGACGGAUGGACCGGACGGACAGGAUGGCCGGCAGCGGCUCGGAUUCGCUUCGAGCGUCCGCUUUCAUCCCGGUGUGCACCGCCGCCUGCCUCCUGGUGGGCUCCACCUCGCUCUUCUUCGUUUUCACGUGGCGUUUGUCUUGUUGGGGUAAUGAAGUGUCCUUCUCCGUGGUCCAGAUGGUCUCUGGGUGGGCCCAGCGUCGUCCGUCCGUCCUCAUUGUAAUCUGGUCCUCAAGAAAUCAGUCCAGUGAUUUGUCACAUGGGCGCGACAAGAUCCAAUUAGGUGAUCGUGGCGCACAAGGUUGCAAUACAAGUCAUUUGAUUGGGAGCACUCAGGCCCGCUUUUCUGCUGUCUAGUACUGGAGAUUCCAGUAUCGUAACUAUCGGGAAUCAUAUCUUUUCAGUCUAGUAACGUCCUUUGUCCCUCCGUCUCUCUCUCAAGCACUGUUUUCAGUAACUAUCAAUUAUCUACCAUUUAACAUCUGUCUAGUAUUGUGUUCUAGGUGUAUCUCUAGCUGUUAUGCUCAGCUUCAUAUCUAGUAUUCAUCUUGUAUUCAAUCAUAGCUUCUUCGCAUUUUAUCAUAUAUCGUCUAGCUAGCGAGCUAGCUACCUAGCUAACAAUCUUGCCGUCUACCUAGCUAGCAUUAUACAGUUUUGUUUCUACAAAUGUUUUAUAAUUAAGAACUUUAUAAUGCAGUGUAAUAAUUAUGCUUGAUUAAUUUAUUCCCCUGUAUUUUCUUUUUUGAUGAUGUAAUGAAGUAGGUUUUUUUUUUUUUUUUUUUUUGGGAAUGGACAAAUGCAUUCCCAAAAGUUAAAUGAGCAAUGAUGUAUGUUGUAUAUAUGUUGCACUGUAUGAUACAGGAUAUCCGGCGGUGCCGGCGAUCAACUGAGGAUUCCACAAUCGACUGUCAGAAAGGGCCUGUAAUCCAGAGUUGAUAAUCCGGUGGUGGUGGGGGGCGGGGGAUUAGUGGGUUUGCAUCUGGCAUGGCAUCAGCAAUGGGGACCCCUCCCCCACUGCUUUACCCCACCAUUACUCACUACACCACCCACAUAUCACCCAUGCUCAGUUGUGCUUGAUGCAGCGCGACUCACUAAACAGUACGGAAACUUUUAUGAGUGUACUUGUCGUUUUGAAUAUUUUUGACGACUUCAUUCAUCUCAAUCUACAUGAUGAACAUUCCCGGAGGUCCUUUCGUACUCCCAUUGUGUAACCUGAUUACUCAGAUCCGCCGUCUAAUCUCACACGGCGGUGACAUCAUCAAAGCACCGUGCACUUUCAUGUCCACGGCACAAUAAGACAGCGGGCAAUACAGUCCACUGUUGUUUUCCUUAUUUUGAAUCCGUGACCAUUUUAAGACAUAAAAGCACCACAAUAAGCAAUUAGCAUAUAAUCAACAGAUUAAUCUCCAGUGAAAAUAAUUGUGUCGCUGCACCCGGAGGGACCCCCGUCCCUUGGUAAAUCCUCCUGAUGUGGGAGCAGUGAUGAACACGCACUAAUACUCGCUUAUCUUUCAGUGUAAACAAUUACUUUUGGGAUCCGGCGCUGCUGCCGUGGGAAUAAACGGGAUGAAGAUUAUCCCCCUUUAAAGUCUUUGUUGUGUGUGGACCCGAUUUGCGUUAACCUCAACCUGAGCGGGGAUGGAUACACAUGAAGCACACUUUUGUCAACACACCGUGCGGGGAAAUUAUUUUUAUUUGGGCCGGAUAGCAUGUUGGAUUCUGGGGGGGAAAAAAAGCACUUCCCCGUCAACCAGUUUUGAAUCCUGUUGUCUGUUUAUUGCGGUGCAUGUCUUGAAAACUUGGGCAAAAUCUGCCUGAUUUAACUUUUUCCAUCGUGUGCCGGAUGGAGCAAAAAUAACUCACCAAUUUUUGCUUGUGUUGUGGUGAACAUUGUAUGUUUAGUGCGGUGCAUGGUUUAAAAAAAAAAAAAAUAGAAUGAGAUUGCCUGUCCAAACUUUCACUUUUGGCUGCAUCGCGUGCUGGAUGCAGUUAAAACAGUUUGAUAUUUGUCACUUUUGUGAUUUUCAUCUCCGUUUUGUGACAAAUUAAAACACAUUUUGAUGAUCUCAAGGUGCCCAAUACCCUGGACAAAGUGUUUUAGGAUUAAAUGAGGUGUGCAAUGUGACUUUAAAAGUUGGGGUCAGGCUUGCUGUCCAACCAUUGUCCAUCAUGUACUGGAUUCAGCAAAAAGGAAAAUCACUUGUAUCCUGGAGAAAUUGUCUUAUGAAAAUGUAAAAAAAAUAAAUAAAUAAUUAAACAGCUGGGCAAAUGAUUCUUAUUCUUGUGUGAAUUUGCAGAUGCCCAUGGCUGGCAGUGUCCAUCUGCCCUGCCGUGCCGCCGUGCUGCGCCGCCCUUUUCCUUUUUGUGUUGGCCAACUUCACCAUGGCGACGUUUAUGGACGCUGGCAUCCUCCCGAUGGCCAGCGACGAUGAAGACAAGGACGACGAGUUCCGCGCGCCCCUCUACAAGAACGUGGACGUGAGGGGCAUCCAAGUGCGGAUGAAGUGGUGUGCUUCCUGUCACUUCUACAGGCCGCCGCGAUGCUCGCACUGCAGCGUGUGCGAUCGCUGCGUGGAGGAUUUUGACCACCACUGCCCGUGGGUGAACAACUGCAUCGGGCGGCGCAACUACCGCUACUUCUUCCUCUUCCUGUUGUCCCUCACCGGUCACAUGGUUUGCGUGUUCAGCCUGGGCCUCGUCUUCGUGCUUCACCACACCGACCAGCUGUGGAAGCUGCACUGCACCGUCACUUUGGUCGUGAUCAGCAUAUCGGGCCUGUUUCUCCUUCCCGUCCUGGGCCUGACGGGCUUCCAUCUAUUCCUGGUGUCGCGGGGACGCACCACCAAUGAACAAGUCACGGGGAAAUUUCAGGGAGGAGCGAAUCCAUUCACUCGAGGUUGCUGUAACAAUCUGGAGUACCUGGUGUGCAGUCCCAUCUCGCCGAGGUACUCGGCCAGGCCUCGCAAGAAGUCUGUGAUCCACAUUCAGCCUCCCUUCCUGAGACCGGAGCUUGACAGGCAGCUGUCCGUCAAAGUGAGCGACAACGGCAAACACAGCAGAGCCUCCGCCGGACCAGAUCCUCAGAAAAGUCCGCCCCCGUUGCCGCCCAAACCAGAACACGGGCUGCUGAAAAGUCACCUCGCCGUCAUGGAAGAGAUGGGUCACCACACCAAAUCUAUCAUCCCCGUCUCCAUUCCCACUGUGCCUCAACUGCGACCAGUCCUGGAGGCGAUAUCCCGAGGAUCGUCUCCCAUUCCUCCAGAGCAGCUGCUGAAGACCUCAGAGCCAGCGGGAGACAGCAAAGGUCCGGACCUCCGCUUGGACACCAAUGGAAGCCCCUUGAAGGGAGCCAUGCCCCCUUCCUUGUCUCCCUUGCAGACUGCGACCCUCUCCGGGGCCAUGACGCUCAGCUCGCGUUCGCUCAGCCUGAAACAUGCCGGCCGCCACAUGAUCGCCAAGUCGCAGGCCAACCACAGCGGUGGCAGUAGCAGCUCUUACGACAACCUCGUCUCCACCGCGGACCCCCAGGGUCACCCCCACAGAGGAGCGCCCGCAGUGGGCUACUUCAUGAGCCUGGGUCCGGACGUCAGCACGGUGCAGCGUGGCCCUCACACUUACAGCCCAGUCUUUGUGGGCGUCACCCGGCAUUCUCCUCAAACCAGAGAGUUGUCGCCUUCACUGCAGGGUCUCUCGUCUCGAGACCCCUCCCCUUCAUUCCCGGGGUUCAUGCAAAGAGAGCCUUCGGCUGCUUUCCAGGGCCUCAUGUCGAGGGAUCUCACUCCAGCGGGUCUACCCAUGAAGACCCAAAGUCUUCGAGACAGCCUCCGGGAUGUGAGUUUGACUCCUCAGAAGACCGCCGCACCCGCCGCGUCGUCCCGUUUCGAUGGCCUCUCCAAAGCCCUCAUCGCAUCCAUUCACGAGCAGCGCGAGAUAGAAGAGAGGGAGCGGAUGCUGCGCUUUCACAUUCCAUCCCAAGCCCUGUACGGACCGGACGCCUGCGUUUACGACAUUCCCUGCCGGCGCAGUCUACCGCCGGACCCCGGACGACCGCAGGGUACCCGGGGACCCACCCCUCCGGCGUAUGGCUCCCGGGAGUUCCUCAUGAGCACUGGCGUCCUGGGUUACGGCCCCAGGACGUCGCCCCUCUCCGGCUCGUCCACGUCAUCGCUCGCCCGAGGACCCAAACCGCGCUCUUCCUCGCCAGGCCGCUGUCCCUCCGAAAGACCACCCGUCUCUCCCGCCACAUGCACUCUACCCCGUUUACCCUCCUCCUCCACUCCUCCUCAUGCACUCUAUGGGACAACGAAACGCUCCUCGCUCACCACCUCCUCCGAGGGGAAGGACUCGUGAGUAGCCGGUCCUCUCGCCCUGGGAGCUGUAAAGUACAGCGGUACCCGAUUUUGCAAGUUUAUUUCAUUCUGUUACCAAGCUCGUGACAUCAAUCCCCCUGAAAACAACACGUUCCAUUGAAAUGAAUGGACAACUGCAGAAAUUAAAUUCAUCCGUUCCAGGUUCCCGCCCAAAAAAAGGUUUCUUCAAUCAAUUAUCUGUGCAGUAUUUGUACCUGAAGAAAGAGCAUCAGAUAAUGUGUCAGUUUGACUGUAAAAAGGUGAUUCACUGGACAAAAAAAAAAACCCCAAGCCCUUUAA